ACUGUCGCUUGUCAACAGCAGCAAGAAUUACACCCACCCACGUUCAUUUAGUCAUCUGCAUCUCGUUGUUAACCUCGACACCAAAAAUGAUCUCAAACAAAAAGGCGUAUGCCAUGAAGAUGCUGCAUCUGGCUUUGGCCUUGAGUCUGUUGCAUGUGGAUACGGAUUACACGCUGCAGCAGCGCCUGCUGCGCCGCUGGGACGCCCAACUGGAGCUGCCCCAUGGCGAUGGCUGGGAGCUGGAAAUGCUGCGCACGGUGCCGAUGAUUGAGACGCAACAGCCAUAUGGCAAUCGCAAGGGCAUGAUGCCGCUGCUAGAGGAUCUCCUUCACUAUGAUCAUGAUCAUCCGCAUCGACAGGGUGGCGGCGGCGGUGGCAGAAGCGGGGAGUAUAAGUUGCCCACGGGCAGCUUUAAUGCGAGCACCUUCGUCAUGAAUCUACACAAUACGACGGGCAACAGCAGUGUUCAGACGGCUGCACUGCAGGAUCUGCAGAGCACUCAAGGUAGUGGCGCCAGCUCUGGCAGUUCAGGCAGCGCUUCGGCGGCCGCCAACACAGCGGGUGGUGGAGCCGGUGCAGCGGCACUCGGCGAGAUCCAUAUCAACACGACGAGCAACAAUAACACUCUGGCAGCCUCACCUGAACUGGAUUUAUUCCUGUCACCUGGUCUGCUGCAGGAUCAGCGUUCGAUCUGGGAACAGAAUCUGGCCGAUCUGCACGACUAUGGCGAUCUACCCUACAGCAGUCCGUACGCCCAUCUGCCGCUCAAGGAUGGCCAGCAGCAGCCGCACAACAACAGCCAACUGGAUCUUAGUCUGGCUGCCUUCCUUCAUGGGUUUGCAGGCGGGGCCAAUGCUCAUGUUCUGGGACAGCAUCCAGGAGAUGCACCAAGCGCUCUAAACGACAGCACGCCACAUCCCAGCAUUUCCGGCAGCCUCACUGUACAGCUGCCCGAACCGGACGAAGACGAUUGGCUACUGAGUAGCCUGUUCAGCGAGGAUAACUCGGACUCUGAGUCUGCUGCAGGCGUGGCGAAUGCCUGCGAAGUGGAAGGCUUGACCAGCCAGGAGGAUCCCUUUGGCAUUGUCAACGAAGUGGAAGUCGUCGAGGAGGAAAGUGAAAUCGCUGAGGUGCUCUACAAGCAGGAUGUUGACUUGGGCUUUAGUCUUGAUCAGGAGAAGAUCAUCAAUGCAUCCUAUGCCAGCGGCAAUAGCGCUGCAAGGCAGGCGGAGGCCAAGAAGGAGAACGAUGACGAUGAUAAGCUAGCCAAUGAUAAUGAUAAUGAUAAUGAUAAUAAUGAUGAUGAUAUCGAGAAGUUGAAAGCUUUGGAAGAUCUACAACAAGAUGAGGCAUCGCUUGAUGAGAAGAAAAUGCCGCAAGAUCUGGACGAGCUAUCGAAUGAAUGGAGCGGCAUACCCUUUACAAUCGACAAUGAAACCGGUGAAUACAUUCGCUUACCUUUGGAUGAGCUGCUCAACGACGUGCUGCAACUGUCUCCCUUUACGCUUGAAGACGACGUGCUACCCAGCGAUUCGAUCGCUUCUACCUCUCAGGCCGCUGCAGCCGCAUUGAAUAGCAACUCGGCGAAGCGUAUUGUUUCCGAAACGGGUGAGGAAUUCGUCUUUGCUGAGCGGGAAUUCCACGAUAGGGAUAACGAGGCGAGUUACUCGGCCAGCGAUUUGGAUGAUCUGCAGGACUCUGUGGGUUCGCCGCUCUUCGAUUUAGAUGACGACGCCAAAAAGGAAUUAGACGAAAUGCUGCAAUCAACCGCACCGCCCUACCACCACGCCCAUCCCCACGCUCAUCCCCAUGCCCAUGCCCAUAGCCACACCCACCAUCAUCAUGCCGCCGCUGCCGCCCACCAUCAUCACGCCCACGCCCACCAUGCGGCUGCCGCUGCAGCCCAUCAGCGUGCGGUACAGGCAAGCGCCAACUAUGCGACCAUGGGCUCCGCACCGGGCAGCGCCUUUCAGCGUCAGCCGCCCAGCUCCGCUGGCUACCAUCACGGCCAUCAUCAGGGCCGCAUGCCGCGCCUGAAUCGCAGCGUUUCGAUGGAGCGUUUGCAGGAUUUGGCCACCUACUUUAGCCCCAUACCGAGCAUGGGCGUGGUUGGCGGCGUCUCCGAUAUGCCGCCCUAUCCACCACACUAUACCAGCUACUCGUACCAGAGUACCGGCGUGCCACCCAGCGCCCAGCACGCGGCACAGUACGGUCAGUCGGCGGCUGCCACCUUGCCACCGCCGCCGCCACCAUCGUCCGGGCCGCAUCAUGGUCACAGCCAUGGCCACCAUGCGGCCAUGCUGCAUGCCAAUUCGACAUUGGGCGACCUCUGCUCAGCUGCCGGCGGCCAGCCGCAUUAUGGUCACAAUCUGGGCUCGGCAGUCUCGUCCAGCAUGCAUUUGACCAACGCCAGCAAUGACGCGGAUGGCGCUGCUGCUGCUGCCGCCGCUGCGGCCGCUGCUGCCGCUGCCAGCAGCAACUACAAAAUGGAACACGAGAUGAUGUAUUAUGCGAACACUUCUUCGGACGUGAAUCACUCAGAUGGUUUAAUCAAUUCCUUUUUCAACGACGAGGAUCUUCACCUGAUGGAUAUGACGGAAAGUUUCUGUCGCAUGGUGGACAAUAGCACGAGCAACACCUCAUCGGUGCUGGGCCUGCCCAGCAGUGGACAUGUAAGCAACGCGGGCAGCUCCACUCUGACCGUAGGCAGCCAUGCGAAUGCCAACAGCGUAGCUGGUGGCGCUGUCGGUGGUGUUGACUCUAUGAGCGGCGUAGCAGCUGGUGGUGCAGCUGGUGCUGUGGUUACAGCCGGUGUUGGUGGCAUGACCAGUGACCUGUUGGCCAAUGCUGGUGGCGCACAGGGUGGUACGGAUCGUUUGGACGCGUCCAGUGACAGUGCAGUUAGCUCGAUGGGCUCUGAACGUGUGCCGUCGCUCUCCGAUGGCGAGUGGGGCGAGGGCAGCGACUCGGCGCAGGACUAUCAUCAGGCCAAGUAUGGCGGGCCGUACGAUUUCAGCUACAACAACAAUACGCGCCAGCCGCCGGUGGCACAGAAGAAGCAUCAGCUGUACGGGAAGCGGGAUCUUCACAAGCAAACGCCCAGCGCAUUGACUGCCACAGCGGCCCCAGUGGCAGCCACGCCUCAGUCACAACAGCAGCAACAGCCGCAGGUGCAGGGCAUCAAAUAUGAGUACGAAGCGGGCGCAGCGGCCUUUACGGGCAGCAACGUGGGCGAGGCAGCUGCCAUGGCGCCCGUCCUGUCCAAGGACUAUCACCAGGCCUAUGGCAUGAGCGCGGCCAGCGCCUUUACAGCAGACUAUGUCAUGCCACGUGCCCCGCUGACGCCUCAAGGCGUGGUUCAGCUGAAUCACACUUACGCGCUGCAACAAGGCGGCGCCGGAGCCCUGCCCCAAGGCAGUGUCUCGCUAAGCAGACCGCAUCCCCGAGACAAGAAGCCCCCGACAGCCAACAAACAUGCCACGAAAUCGAACAGCAGCGGCUCAGCCAGCGCCUUGGAGGACGAACACUUGUCGCGGGAUGAGAAGCGAGCACGCACUCUAAACAUACCCAUUGCAGUGGGCGACAUCAUCAACCUGCCCAUGGACGAGUUCAACGAGCGUCUGUCCAAAUACGAUCUGAAUGAGAAUCAGUUGUCGUUGAUACGCGACAUUAGGCGGCGUGGCAAGAACAAGGUGGCGGCGCAGAAUUGCCGCAAGCGCAAACUGGACCAGAUACUCACGCUGGAGGAUGAGGUCAAUACGGUGGUGAAGCGCAAGGCGGAGCUGAAUCACGCUCGGGAUCAGCUCGAUGCCGAACGCAAGCGCAUCUCCAACAAGUUCUCCAUGCUGCAUCGUCAUGUAUUCCAGUAUCUGCGCGAUCCCGAUGGCAAUCCCUGCUCGACUGCUGACUACAGCUUGCAACAGGCGGCCGAUGGCUCCGUUUAUUUGCUGCCACGCGACAAGUCCGACAAUGGCACCACGGCAACAGCUGCCGCUAGCGCGGUGACAGCGAGCAGCAGCCAGCAGCAGCAGCAGGCGCCGUUGCAUGCGGUGCAUCAGGGUCAUCAUCAGGUGCAGCACGUGCCACUGCAGCAGCAGCAACAACAACAGCAGCAACAGUCACGUCUGCCGCCCCAUUUGCAGCAACAACACCAUCAGCUCUUGCCACAGCAGCAGCAACAACAGCAGCAGCAGCAGCAGCAGCAGCAACAGGCGCCGCAUCAGCAUCAACAUCAGCAUCACAAGGAAUGAAAAUAUCUGCUGCGUAUUGCCGCAACAACGAGUUGGUUGUCAAACUUUCAGCAGCAGCAACAGCAGCAGCAGCAACAAUUGCAGCGGCAACAGCAGCAGCUAAACUUGCAACAGCAGCCGCAGCAGCAGCAGCAACAAUGUUGCGAGCAAGCGUACGAUUACCGUUACGAUUUCUACAACAACAGUUACCUGUAUUACUGAGCGGUUGCCGUUCUUAUUCUUAUGUUACGCCUGCUAUGUUGCAUGCAACAUGUUGCUGGCAACAUUCGAUUGCACGCUGCUGCCACAAAACGUUACGUUUUCAUUUCUGUUACUGCAGCGGGAUUUUCAGUUUUUCAUUUGCAUUCGCAUUUCCCAAACCCCAACCCCAACCCCAACCCUAACUUAGUCAAUAUAUUUGUUAUUUAUUUUUAAAAAUUCUUCAAAUUUGCCUUUUCCACACAAUUCUGCUUUUAUAUAUGAACAUGCAUAUAUAUUGAAUACAAUCCAUAGCGCGUGGUACGAACACUUAUAUACCUUACUUGUGAUAAAUAAUUUGUGAAUUCUUAUUGUUUGGAGCAGCAACAAUUAACUGAAAACUUGUAUUGAAAAAAACAAUUUGUGAAACCCACUAACAAAGUCCUCACUCACCCACACGCACACACAGUCUCAUACACAACUAUCAAUGCGUCGUCCAAAAGAAAUAUGAUGCUAAAACCAUUUACAUUUAUAAUAUUAGUCUGUAAAACAACAACAAAAACAAAAUACAAAACAAAAGAGAUGAGCACAUGUAUAAAUAGCUGUUAGGUAAAAGUUUUGUAAAGGUUUUGAAACAAACAAAAAGAAGAAGAGAAGAGAAAAA